AAAGGCGAAGUGGGCACGGACACACCGACUACCACCAAACAACGCCGUGCCCCGCGGGGAUAUGCGUGCGUGCUCUUCUAUAAUGCUUGAUAGCGGCCCCGCAGUCGGACUCAGUUCGCCAGAACCCGUUGCCGUGAACGGAUGAUAGAAGAGCUGAAGAAGUCAACCAAUAAAAUAGCGGAAGAGCAGAGGUGGUACAGGGAAGACAUCCUUGCUCGCAAGGCGAAACGAAACAAUUCUCGGUCUUCACAACUGCAAACCGGACGAACUGAGGACUUGUGAAUGCUCGAGUGGUGCAUGCAAUUUAUGAACCAAAUUUGUGAACAAAUCUGGGAUUUUAGUGAUUUUUGGAACAAGUGUUUGUUUGGUGAAAAACACGCUGUGAGUUGCAUCAUUUUGUGGUGUUCGAUUCGCUCGUUCUAUUGCAAUUGUAGGGAAAGGAAAGAAGCGCGAGGAAUCGUGAAAGUGAAAACUUGUUGCUAAGGGAAAAAUUGUUGCGUUCGACGUGUGGAAAAGUAGAAAGAUAGCUGAGCGAUUAUCAAUUGGUACGUUUGAGCAGUUAGUGGUGUUGUGCGAGUGAAGUUGCCAAGCGUUAGAGACGAGACCUCGCACCGUGUUUUAUCGCCGCCACUUCUGAUAUCCAGAGGCCUGCGGUGCCAUCUACCUAUAUAGCAGCAGCUACGAGCUAGCUGGGUACUGUUGCUGUUCGGAGAACGAAGAGAUAGUGAAGCACAAGGCAACAGUAGCCAGUUUGGCCGCUGUCGGUCGUCAGGUUUUAUUAUAUUAAAAUAUUGUAAAGUGUGUGGAGCAGGCGAAAAACAACAACACGGUGAGCUGUUGCUUUAUGUACAUACUGAUUCCCAAUUGAGCCGUGAGUUGAGUACGGAAUUGAGCACCGGCGAACCGGAGAGUGGAUGGUGUUGGUUGGUGACAAUCUCGGGAGAAACAUUGGACACCGGCUUCCCGAGCCGUUCGACGAUAGGGCGGCUUAUUAUUCGAGAAGAGGCAAAGAAGACGCAUUAUCUGCGGUGGCGUGAGCAGUAUCGGUCACCUUUCGGAUUUGUGGCAGAUUCAGUUGUUUUGCAAUACGGUUGGCGUUUUGUUUUACAACGACAGUCACUGGGCGCGAGUGGUGGAUAGAAGCGAUACGUUAGUGCAAGCACGACUUGACGAAAACAACAAUUGCAUCCACCUUCAGCGUGUUUGUCGUUCGCGUCCGAUCAGAAGAGCUGUGGUUGCUGUUGAGACGUGGUGGGAGAUCAUCUGCGGGUUUUUGCCGUUUGAGUGAUUUAAGUGCCGUAAAGAGGGAUAAGGAGCAGCCAUUUGUGAAACACAAAAACAACAAUUUUCCGCUCUUUGGCCACCGUAGGUUUUCCUUUGAGUGGUGAGUGAGGUGUAUUGAACCCUGAUCAUUCCCUCAUACGGUUUGAUAAGAGCCUGUGUGAUCGAGCGUAGGACCCUCUGAUGAUCGUGGAUCGCAAGCUAGUGGAUAAAAAGCGGAACUUGCUUUGAUCGGAACAGAGAUUGCCGUAGAUUUUAGGUUUGGAUCUGAACGUGUUGGUGGAACCCGGGGCAGGAGUCUCCAUGUAUUCAAUGGUGGAUUGCUACAACGAAAUGGGUCAAUUGGGACCAGAGUACGGGUCAAAAGCCGCUCUGAUGGAGAACACCGAACUGGACCACGUCACAAAGGUGAUAGCCUAUCACCCGUGCUACUUGGAGCACUAUCUCAACACGCAAAACUUUGUGAUGCACUGCGAUGGACCCCUGCCGUUCCAUUUCCGAUACUACAUUGCCAUUAUGGCUGCUGCCAGACACAAGUGUACCUAUCUGGUUAAUCUGUACGAGAAGGAAUUCCUCCUGCAGGGUGGAGAUCGAAACUGGUUGAAUGGACUUGAUUGCAUCCCCGCCAAAUUACGUGCCAUAAGUGACAUCAAUAAGAUUCUAGCCCACAGGCCAUGGCUUCUGAACAAGGAGCACAUAGAGCGUUUGACCAAAGGUCAAAACAGUUGGUCGCUUUCCGAGGUGAUGCAUGCGAUCGUCCUGCUGGCCCACUUUCAUUCCCUGUCGUCUUUCGUAUUCUCCUGCGGUCUAACUCAGGAAUUAAACGCAUCUAGUCAACGGAUCGAAAACAACAAUGUUACACCCCAAAAGACUGAAACCAAUCAUAAACAUCAUAAUCAUAAUCUCCACAUUCAUCAGAACGGACAGGAAGGUAAUUAUGCUCUUUAUCGAAUCGCUUUGCCCAUUGGUGGAAAUAAUGUUCAACGUAGAUGCUUUAUAUCUGCAGCAAUGAAACCGCCACAAUCCGAGGUCACCGUGGACGCGUUGAUGCAGCGUAUGAAGAAACUGUCGGAAAACAACACGGAGUGCACCGAGACGGAGCUGAGCAAUCGGUUCAAGAACGUCGAACUUCAAGCCGCCGAACUGCCGGCGGUGGUUCCACGGGACCCAACGACGGAACCGCCCCAACAGAUUGGACGCUACGUGGAUGACUCGAACUUCACAUAUCAGGACUUUGCCCGGCGCGGUGCGGAGAACAUCCCGCAGACCUUCCGGAUACAGGACUACUCGUGGGAUGACCACGGGUUUUCGCUUCUUAAUAGUCUUUACAACGACGUCGGUGUCUACCUGGACGACAAAUUUCGACUUGCAUACAACCUCACAUACUACACCAUCGCCGGGCGGACCAACGUGGACACGUCCAAGUUUCGCCGCGCCAUCUGGAACUACAUCCAGUGCAUGUAUGGCAUCCGGUACGACGACUACGACUAUGGCGAAGUGAAUCAGCUGCUGGAUCGUGCGCUAAAAAUGUUCAUCAAAACGGCUUGCUGCUUCCCGGAGCGGAUCACCAAAACCGACUACGACAGCGUGCUGGUUGAGCUGCAACACAGUGAGAAGGUUCACGUGAAUCUGAUGAUCAUGGAGGCACGCAACCAGGCGGAGCUGCUUUACGCACUACGUGAAAUUACGCGCUACAUGACAUGAUGCGGAGAACAGGAACGUGGUCAGGGCUGAACGCCCGACCGAGGCGAGAUUGUUGUUUGUAAUAUGCAGUUUUUGUAAGUCAUUUAAUUUGAUAUAUGAUUAUUUUAUAAAUUGUUGUUACGUAACAGUAAAUUAAGAAACAGAAUUUAUACAACACAAAAAUCGUAAACAAAGCUAAGCGUCGUUCAGAGGUCCCAACAAAUGGUAGAAGAUAUUGUGCCACGCUUAGGUGGGAUUAAUAAGAGUGAGUGAGCUGAAAGGAGAGCAAGUAAUAAGAGAGAAGGAAUAUUCAUCUGGUGAUAUAAUUGUAGAGAUAAAAAAAAGUAAAGAAGGAAGUAACGUGUCUAACAAGGCUCCGUCGACGAUUUUGAAUGGACAAAGCUUCAGGGCAUUGAAGUAAUUUUAAAACGUCCCUAUUUAGGAUGAGCUAUAACAUUAGUUGUUUGUUUUAAUUUGUAGCUAGGAACAACAAAUGAUACAAUACAUAAAUUGAUACAACAGCGAGAAACAAUGGUCGCACAAAUAGACAUUUCGCUGCAUUCACAGCAAAAAAAAACGGUCAACGAACAGUGCUUUGGCCGAACGGUUAUUAGGAUGGAAGAAGAACGGCUUGUUCGAUGGUGUUCCACGUUCCGAUUUAAUUGAUCUCAGCUCAGGUACGAAGUCAAAAUUGCCAGUGAUUUAGCGAUACCCUCUUACAAUGUUGUGUAUAUUUAUUUUAAACUAUGGCGUGAACGUUCUCUGAAUACCACCGGAUAAUGCUGUGCAAAACCUAUAUUGUUCCGAGAAUAUGAGUCAUUGAAUGCCAAAUUGUGACGAAGUGAAAAUUUUGGUAAAUAUCUACAAAUUUCGUCCGAAAUGAAGCUUUUAACGACACCAAUAGAGAAUUUUAACUCGUUCGAAAAUAUUAAUUUCUUAUGUGAAAACGUGUUCGAAAAUUGUCUUUUUAUUUGCCUUUAAACGAAUUAGUACUAUGCCAAUUAACUCGUCUUUCAACAAGUGAAAACAUUCCAGAUCUAAAUAAUUUUCUAUGAACGAACGUGAAAUUAUCAAACCCCAACCUUGUGUGAAUGCUUAGACACAUUGACGAUCCAGGUGAUACUUGUACCUCUUGAUCUCUGUCGUCCCUCCUUCACUUAUAAAUAUUGAUGUUUCGCGGAAAAGCCCAGUUUUACUUUACCAGGUUUCAAUUGAUUCUUUCAAACUCCUGAAAUCUUUCCAAAUAAAUGCUCCACUACAAUCUGACCUAUUUUAUUUGCUUAACAACCUUCACUUCCUAGUAAGUAUUUCGAUUCAUUUAAUAUUCCAAUUUCUCAAAAACAGAAAAAAUAAUAAUUAAGUAUUUUUACUCCAAAUUAAUCCUUAGAUCUAAUAAAAAAAUUGGAGACUUCAAGAGAUUUCUAUUGUUUUGAAGACUUUCCUAUAGAUUCAAACAUCUAUUCAGGAGAUCUCAGGUCGCUUGAUUCAUAAGCGAACACGUUGUAGUGCGGAGACAAUUAUUCUUGAGACAAAAAACUCAGAGCUUGUCUUGGAUGGACUAGGAGAUCUAAGCCCAUUCAUGAAAAUUCCAAACGGUCGUCAAACAAUUUUCUGGAUUUAAUGGAAUUUUUUUUGAGAUUUGCCUAAAGAUUUUCACUCAAAAAUAUUUUCUGAUGCUCCUACGAAAAUCCAUCGAAUGUAUCUUAGAUGUUUUGCGGAUUCGUCUCUUCAUAGCACCUAGCUUACUUAAAUAUUAAAAGUCUUGUGCACAUCAGAUGGUGCAAAGGGCCGACUUGGAAGCUGUCUCACAGCAUCUUGCAGUUUCUCUCUACCUUUAUGCCUAACGACCUUAUUUCUAACGUCCUUAUGCCUAACGUCGCGCACACCAUGUUUCACUUGAAGUUGGUUAUGUUGGCGUCCAUUCAGCCAACAUAUUGGAAGCUGUAGUCCGAGCAAGUUUGAGCUACUCGAGGUAGCUCGGCAUUUUUACUGUUGUCAAAUGAAUCGAAAUUAUCACAACAGAAGCCGCAACUCCGCAAAGGAAGUAAAGCUAGUUUUCUUUUGCAUUGAUCCCAAGAACCUUGUGCUUGGUGAGCGUCCAUUGAGAACCUAACUCUAAGUAGCUAGACAGUUCUUUGUUGUCGGAAAUUCUAGAGUAAAGAGGCCCACCCAUGGGAAAACUGUCAAACGCAGCGCUAACGUCUCCUAUUCAAAUUUUCCAUGGAGAAUUGAGUGUAAUUUCCAUGCUAAAUUGUAUCAUGAGAAACUGUUAGGAAACUUCCAUAUGGAAUUUCCAGAGAAAAUUCCUGAGAAAUUUCUUAAGAAACUUUCAGAGGAGUCAGAGAAGAGCUUCCAAAGGAAUUUCUGGAUGAACUUAUGGAGAUAUGCUUGAAGGAACUUGGAAACUUCCGGAGGAAUUCCUGGAAGAACUUCUGAAGCAACGCCUGGACGAACUUCCGAAGCAAUGUAUGGAGCAACUUCCGGAUGGAACGGCCGUUUGGCCGAAUGCUAUUUGGCCGAAAGUUGUUUGGCCGAACGUACCAUUUAGCCGAAUGGGCCAUUUGGCCGAAAUGAUCAUUUGGCCAAAUAGCCAUUUGGCUGAAAAGGUCAUUUGACCGAAUAGGUUAUUUAACCGAAUCAGAGAUCUCACUUCUCACUCCUCAUUUCUCACUUCUCACUGUGAAAAAGGAGAAGUGAAUAGUGUGACGUCUCACUUCUUACUUCGCACUACUUACUUUUCACAGUGCGAAGUGGGAAAUAAGUAGAUAAUGAGAAGUGCGACGUCUCACUUUUCACUUUCGGCCAAAUGACCUAUUCGGCUGAAUGACCAAUUCAGGAAAAUAGGCCAAUUCUGCCAAAUAACCUGUUCGGCUGAAAGGCCUGCUAGGCUAAAUGACAUGACCUAUUCAGCCAAAUGAUCUGUUCGGCCAAAUAGCCUAUUCGGCCAAAUUUCCUUUUCGGCCAAAUGUCCUAUUCGGUUAAAUAACCUUUUCGGCCAAAUGUCCUAUUCGGCCAAACAACCUUUUCGGCCAAACUACCUGUUCGGCCGGAUGACCCCUUCGGCCAAAUGGCUUUCGGCCGAAUGGGUUUUGGCUAAACGACCCUUCCCUCUUCCAAAGGUAGGGAACUUCCGAAGGAAUUCCUGGGAGAACCCCUAAAGAUAUUCCUAGAGAAUCUUAAGGAGGAACUACUGGAAGAACUUCCGGAGGAAUUCCGGGUGGAACUUGCAAAAGAAUUCCUAGAGGAGCUCCCGAAGAAUCUAUUGAAGAAUUUACCGGAAAAACUCCUUGAGAAACUUCCGGAGCAAUUCCGAUAGGAACUUCCGCAAGAUUUCCUGGGAAAGCUUGCGGAGAAAUUCCUGGGGCAAUUUGCGGAGAAAUUCGUGAAAGAACUUCCGGAGGAAUUCCUGGAGGAACUUCUGGAGGAAUUUUUGAGGGAACUUCUGGAGUAGUUCCAGGAGGAGCUUCUGGAUAAAUUCCUAGAGGAACUUCUGGGGGAACUGGCGGAUGAGUUCCUGGAAAACUAGUGGAGGAAUUACUGGAGGGACUUUCGAAGAAAUUCCUGGAAGAGUUUCCAAAUAAAUUCGUAGGGAGCUUGCGAAGAUAUUCCUGGGGGAUUUCAAGGAGGAAUUCUUGAAAAAAUGUUUCUUGGUAGCUUAUCCAUUUUCCGUUCGUUUUGUAUUUUAGUACAAAACGUACCACACGGAUUACAAAACGCAACCCAAACGCAAACGCAACGUAUCCAACGUAUCCUUACGUAUCCUUAAGUCCAAGGUACUUCACGUUCGUGCUUACUCAUUAUAUCUAGACCAACAUUUGAAAAGGGCGUAACAGCCAAAAUUUAUUCCUUCUGAUUCUUCGUCCACAUAUAUAGCUUUAAAUGUUGGCUGUUACGCCCUUUUCAAAUGUUGAUCUAGAUAUAGCUGUAUUAAAUAAAUAUUUGAAACUGAUCGAAAAACUUUAACUUCACUGUCGCCUUGACGAACAAAGCUUCGCCUACUGACAUUGAUACGAACAUGCAUCUACUUAGGGGUCGUACACUAAUUACGUAAGCACUUAUGGGGGGAGGGGGGUCUGCCAUAUUCUUACGUUCCAUAUAAAUAAAAAAAUAUUUGUAUGGGAAAAAUCUUACAUAGGGGGAGGGGGAGUUGAAAAACUGUGUUUUGCACACCAAAUUCGUCUAAAAUCAGAAAUAGCUGAGAACACAUGCCAAUCUUUUUAAAGCUGUUCUUUCGUUUUCGUGAUUCACGGCAGUACAGCAGCACAAGUUCCACGCUGGGAAUGAAAAAAAAAUCAGAUGUUUAUUAAACUCGCAAUGGCAGCCCUUGUUUUCUUGAUCCAUACACCUACAUAUAAUGUACCUAUAUGUAAAAGGGAGUUUAUCCGCACUUUUUAAGUUUAUGUAUCUUGAAUGUUAAUUCACGGGUUCAUGAUUGACAAGAUAAAAAAAUGUGAUUUUACUACUUCAUUUUUAAAAGAAAAACAUUAGAAAGAAUCCGAUCUGGGUAGCUCAGUACUUGUUUUCUUGCCUUUCUCCCAGGAACAAUUUAGGUAUAAGAAAGUGGACCUUGAUAGUCACGGUUGACCUUUUUCGUAUCGAUAUUUACUAAACAAGGUGUUUUUCUCUACAAUUUUGAUGGAAAAAAAAGUCACGAGCAAAAAGGUAACAGAUAUGAGCUUUUUUUAUGCCUCCAAUGUUCGCCAUUUUCCAUCAACAAUUCUGAUCAAAAAUAUGCCAACUUUGAUUUGUAUGACACCAACUCAUGAUUUUCUACCAACGGUUUUGGCCAAAAUCUUAAACCCCAAAUAAAAAUCCUUUUUCUCUUUUCAUCCAGAAAAUAUAGAAUGAGUUAUCCGACAGAAAUCGUUUAUCACUUAUUCUUGGCGUUGUCCUUGUCCUUUUUCGAGCUUUCUUUUCGUUAUAUAAACGUUAGCAUUUGGGUUCAUGAUUGACCCCUCAGUUCAUUUGUGCUUUUUUUUCACAUAAAUUUGGAUAGAAAGAAUAGUCCGAAUCAGGCCCGUUCAGUACUUGUUUUUUUACCCAGGAAAAAUUUCGGCAUAAGAAAGUUGUCCUCGAAAGUCUCUGAUCUCUUUCGCAUCGCCUGUUCAAUAAAACAACGUGGACUUUACUCUUGACACCUCACACUGACGCCAUUUGGAGACCACAUGUUUCCCCACUGCUACUGUAAAGUUGGAAGGAUCUCCAUGUUCAUAUCUUAGGGUUUAUCAUAUUGACUUUGAUGAUUAAACAAUUGAUAAAGAUCGUUCAACAUGGUCGAGGGAUUAGACAAGACCCCGUAACUCUGCAUGAUAAAGCCUCGUAUUAUGCCUACAUGAGGUUUUGUCCUUUGUGUCUCCAAGCACUACGAACACCCAACCGGCGAUUGUUGGAUUUUCUAACAAUUCUGUAUAAGAACCUACCAAAGCCUGUAUAAGGACUGAUAAUAUACGAAAAUGCUAGAUUCUUAUACAAAUAUUGUAUGAGACCUUACAAUUUUGCAAGCUUUUCUUACAUUACAAUAAUUAUUUGUGAGCUUGCAUUUUUUGUAUAAGAAUCUAACAAUUUCGCAUGUAUGCCCAGUUCUUAUACAGGUUUUGAUAAGUUCUAAUACAAAAUUGUUAGAAAAUCUAACAGUCGCUGGUUGGGUGCAUAUUCUUGUAAUGAAGGCGGGUGAAAGUCUUUUUCGUAGUCCAUGAAAUCAAAUAAAGAAACACUGAGAAUUUAUUGACCUGCUUCAGAAUGAUAUAAAGCGUGCUAAUUUGCAUUAGAUGAGCGGACGUCAUGAGGCCAGGUUUGAGCAUCUUGGCCAAUAUUCAUUCUUAUCUCUGGUGCUUUGUCCGCCUUCUUGCUUUGGAUGGCUAUUUGCAUCUCUCGCAAUGAUGGAGUUUCAGUUUUGAUACGUGUGCUGCGAAUCCUAGGACCCUAGGCGGAACAUGCCGACUUGGUUGUGGCUGGCACUUGGAGAAGAGGAAGUGAAUUUGCUAUUUGUUAGAAAGUGAAAUAUUUCUCAUAUUCAUCCAGACAUCAACCAGACUGAUGAGGCAUCAUCAAAGAAGAUAUCUGGCGGAGUAGACACAUAUUUGAAGUUCAUUUGUACUGAAAUCUUUACUCUAGGUUUAUGCGCAAUUUCUGAUACAAAUUUGUAGACCUUUAUCAUGAACCUUUUUGGCCAUCAACGACUCAUAAAUAAGAAAUAUAUCUUCUAAAAUAUUAUCUCAAUCAAAUUCGUAUGACGUGUAAGCAGAUCACAAUGCUUGAUAUUAGAUCGAUCCUGUCGAACCUAGUCCAUUAUUAAGACACUCGUGAGAAAAUAAAGGAGGACUCUCAAUGUCCUGUCCUGUAUUAAUUGUUUUUUUUUCGAAACGAAAUCAAUUGUGUUCAAUGCAAAACAAAGAUAACUACUAAUAAAAAAACUUUCGAAUCUAAAUUAUUUUCCUUUGAAAUAAUACAAAGUGUGUACCGUCAUCGGGUAUAAAUGAUAUCUAAUACAGUUUAGUUACUUGUUCCAAAUUCUGUUGCUCUUUAAGAUAAUCUAAAUUUUUGGAACAGUAAGCCAAUAACAACACCGUUGACAAUACUCUAUUGAAAGACAAAAGCAUGGAAAAUGGAAUUUCAACUGGUAAUCUAUUGCAGUGAUCUGUCUUAUCCUCCCUACUUCUAUCUGUAUAAAGAAGUACUGGAAUGUAAAUAAGGUUCCGUAUGUCCCGUUUCCCGAGCAACCGGAAAUAGCUAUUAAAUAACAAAUUAUAAUCAAAAUAAAAAAGAUUCGAUAUGGCCUUCGUAAAUCUAUAAAUCUCUACCCUUGAGGUUUGAGAUAUACAGAAUUGUAGUUCUUCGUACUUCGAGUUAUUUUGAUAAAAAAAAAACUUAUCAUUUCAAAAUAGUUUUUCUAAGCCUAUAGCUCUUAUAUUGCAAAUUGUUAUCAAAACUACAUUUGAGCCAAAUUCCAAUAUAAUAAUCUAGAUCUAACUAGCUUCCAAAUGCCAAUAUCGACAGAAUAUACCAACACCUACAGACAGGAUGACGGAUAACUAAAACGAAGCCUAAUUUCAUAGUGAGAUGGUGGAAUGCAGUGAAUCGAAAAAAAUAAAACCCAUAAAACAAACAAAAUAUGUGAUUCGUUUGUGAUGUAAUUUGUGCCAAAAAUCUCUUUUUUAUAACAUACAAACAAACAUACAUACAACCGCACAAGUGUAGAAGAAAAAAGCUGAAGAUAAUCUUUGAUGGGGCAGUCACUAGCUUUCUCUGAAGCCUUAAAUGCUAUAUUUGUAAAUGCGAGAAAAAGCAUGUUAGAAUAAAAUUUAAUUACAAAACAACACUAAAUACGAUAAAGGUACCAAUAGCGGGGGUAUGAGUAGAUCAUCAAACAUAAUAACUCUUUGAAAUUGUUGUCCAUUAUUUUGUUAUAUCCCUUUUGAAGAGUUAUUAACCUCACCUGAAUGAUUCAGUCUUUUUUAAAUGAUUGCAUUAAAUCGCUUGAACCAUCUUCCAGUUGAGAUUUAUGACUGUUAUUCGGCCAUUUUGAUUCAAACGCAUGUUUAUUAUUUGCUCGACAAAAUUUGUCGAGCAAAAAUAUCACUAUGACUGACUGACUUUGUUUUAUUAAUGUCCUUAUUAUAUCAUUAUUGUUAUUGUUUUUUUGGAAAUCAAACUUUUUAAAACAUGACCAAACGCUUCUGCCUUAUAAGCAGGGGUUCAUGCGUUCAAUAUCAGGCUCGUCUCUUUCCUACGCUGUAUCUCCAUCUAUGGUGAAAUCAUUAUUAUUUACAAAAAGUUCAGUCCAAAUUUGAGUAAAAGGGCAUUCGCUCUGACAUUAAUAGAACAAAACCCGCCAAAAUCGUCAUUUUUCCUAAAUACUUCUAGAAAAUGGCUUUACUUCCACUAUGGGUACUGUCGCAACUACGGUUAUCUAACAUUUGCACGGAUUUGAAAAACAUAAAACAAAAAUCAUAAAACACUCCUACCAAUAUACAUCAUACUGUUAUUUAGUGACUGAUAGUUGAACAUUACGUGCUAUUACAUUGCAUUCAACAAACUAAGUUACUGUGCGGAGGAGCAGAGAACGGAACGGAGAAUUAUGGCCCAGAGUCCUAACCAUGCUGGUGUAGACCGGCGGCAUAUCAGCGAAUGAGAUGUUUAUUUAUAUAUUUUUCGUUUUGAAAAAAGAAACGUUUUGUUGAUCAUAUUGAAAAGUUUAUCGGAGAUUACUAAAUGAAACAUUCUUAGAAUAAUACUAAGAUGCAGCACUUGAAGAAGAAGAAGAACAAUCCGUGGCACUAUAUACGAUUCAUGUUUUGUCAUCGUGAGAAUAAAUGUCUUGAGAAGUA